AUGGGACCCAUCGACCUCGCGGGGAACGACAUGUGGUGGCAUGGUCCUGCCUGGCUGCGCCUUCCGCAGUCACAGUGGCCGUGUGCACUGGACCCAUUCCCGGAGACUGACUUGGAGAAGCGAGCAGUCAAGGUGCUGCAUGCAAGUAGCACAUCUUCUGACAUCCUCAGCGGGUUCUCGGAUCUCGGGCGAGCUUUGCGCGUGCUUACCUAUGUGCAGCGAUUUAUCCAACGAUGCAGAGGAGGGUCAGUCCACAUUUCCAAGGAACCAAGCCGGGCAGAGAUAGCGGCCGCACUGCAAGCCGUUACCACCGCUACGCAGGGCAUGCACUAUGCGGACGAACAUCGGUGCCUUGCAACCAAACGUCCUCUCCCUGCCUCGAGUUCCCUACGGAAUCUCAAUCCAUUCAUUAACCAGAACGGUGUCAUGCGAGGUUGUGGCCUAGUCCAAGCCUCCGCUUCCAUGUUCUACAACGAGAAACAUCCAAUCCUACUGCCACCCGCAUCCCUCCUCGUUCGCCUGCUGGUGCGUUUCACUCAUCACAUAGUCCUCCAUGGUGGAAACCAGCUGGUCAUUCGUCUUCUCCGCGCAACGUACUGGAUCCCUCGACUACGUCACGUAGUAAAGGCGGUGAUCCAAUCCUGUAAGGUAUGCGUAAUCCAUCGAAGGCGACUCCAAACCCAAUUAAUGGGUGACCUUCCGUCCACAAGAGUGACAUUCUCCAGACCAUUCACAUACACCGGAGUCGACUUUGCCGGUCCCUUCGACGUCAAGAGCUUCACCGGGCGCGCAUGCCGCAUAACCAAAGGUUAUGUGUGCGUGUUCGUGUGUUUCACCACGAAAGCCUUCCACCUAAAGGCCACGUCCGACUUAUCCACUGACACCUUCCUAGCCGCUUUCGCUCGUUUUGUCGCGAGACGACGGUAUCCUCACGAGGUCCAAUCCGACAACGGCAGGAAUUUCGUCGGCGCAUCUCGUGCUCUGGCUACAGACCUUCUCGAGGCCAUCCGAACUCGGACUUCUGCGGUGUACAGUCAGCAGGGCUUAUCGUGGCGGUUCAUCCCUCCGGGAUCCCCACACAUGGGUGGCCUUUGGGAAGCAAGCGUGAAGAGUUUCAAGACGCUGUUCCAACGGUCGAUGUGUAUGGCCAAAUAUACAUUGGAGGAGUUCGCCACCUUACUCUCCAAAAUUGAGGCCUGCCUUAACACUCGACCGAUCUCUCCUAUGUCCGAGGACCCAAAUGAUCCGCUGGCUCUAAGCCCAGGUCACUUCCUGAUCGGUGGGUCGCUACUCUCCGUGGCGGAGCCUGAAAUCAAAGAGAGCGCCUCCUCCAUCCUGAACCGCUGGCAACAUCUCAAGGCUCUCAACCAGCAAUUCUGUUCGCGCUGGAAGACAGAUUACCUGCGAGAGUUGCACAAGCGUAACAAAUGGUAG